CGAAAAUAUUUUAUUUUUUAAUGUCAUGAUAUGCAUGCCAACAAUUAAAUCGAUUGUCAUUCAUCGGGCAAGAAAAGCAUUAGCCGGAAAUGGUUACGAAUAAACAAAUGGCGAACUGUUGGUUUAAACAGGCCAAAUCAUAAAUAUUCUAUACAUGAAUUAAAUGAUAAAUUAAAGACAGCCCUAUCCAUCGGCUUUAGCCAGAGUAGGGCCUUAUAUAAAUCUUUUCCGCUUUUUAUUUUUUAAAUAAUUUUUACUGACUGGCCAAGUACAAAACAAACAAAAAAACUGUUUAGUUUACUUUUAUAAUUUUAGGAAUUUAAAUGUCAAUAAUGUCAUGAUCAAGUUGGGAUGUUAGUUAGCUUAUUCCCUGUUUUGUUCAAGUUUUAGUACUUUUAAAUGACAAAUGGCUGAAAAGAAAUAUGAUCUAGCUCUAGUAAAUACAAAAAAGGACAAUCCAAUAAAGCAUCAGCAAUGGUAAGCAUUUAUUAAAUUUAUUUAAUUUACAUCCAAAUUUAUUUAUUAUUUAUUUAUUAUCCAUGAGUAUCAUUUAAAAUUAAUAAGACAUUAUUUUAAAAUAAAAAUGGUAAUAGAUUAUAGUGGAAAACGGGGUUAAAUGAUUUUUCUAAAGGCUAGUUUGCAAUUAUUAAUAAGGCUUCAUCAAAUUUACUUUGAGUCAAAGACCUCAAAGAGAGGGAGAAAAAUGGUUAUCAGAAAUUGGAAUAAAAAAAUUGGUAUGAAAUCAAUUUGUACAUAGGAAUAGGAAUGUUGUUCAAAUGAAAGUGUAUGCAUGUGUAAUUUUUUAGACGGAUAUUUUUUUGUUGAGAAAUGUUUUUUAAAGGUGAGGUUCAAGUGUGAAAUUGGAAAAUGUAGCCCAAAUGUUGUUUUAAAUUUAUGUGUUUUUGGUUUCAUUAUCAUUUCUCCCAUGCGAACACUUCAGUUCAGAACAACUUCCACUCAAACAAAAUUUCUUCAUACAAAUUGUAUUUAUACAAAUUGGUUUCUUUUUAAUUUCUGGAUACACUUAAAGAGGUCUAAAAUUAAAGAGUGACCAAAGCAGUGGAAUGAUUUGCUAAUUUAAAAUAAAAAAUCAUUAAAAUGUCAGAGGCCUAAGCCUUUUAAAAUAUGAAUAAAAUACUUCAUCCCCUUAUCAUUUUUCAUAUUAAAGCCUGAACAUUUACUUUUAUUACUACUACUACAAUUUUCUCCUAAAGUUGUGUAUAUUGUCGCUCAGCUCUUUGACAAUGACAAUGUAUUUUUAUUAUCUUAGGUACCAAGAGAGGCUGAAAACAAAAUAUAUCAAAAGCUUGAAACCAGGUGAGAAAACUGGAAAAAAUGACACCCAGAACUGGAUAUUUUUAAAAGGUGGCCUUGAUGACUUUAGAGAUGGUCUCCCUCCACCUGUUCACGGGAGUGAUUUUAUUAAGGUAAAAAAAAAAAUAUUAUUUUUCAAUUAACAUGAAAUUUCUUUUAAAAAAAAACAAGAAUGUUGUUAAAGGGAAAUCCAUAAAUGAAGUCAAACUAUUUUUGCUGCCCCAAUUCCUUUUAAUCCCUUUCCCCUCUACUGUUACAAAAUUUUCAUAAACUUUGAUUUAGACAAUUUUAACAAAAAAAAAACCCAAAAAACCAUCUUAAUGACAGCUUUCAUAAUUAACCACUAACAUUGUAUUUUAAUUUGUGAAUUUUAAAAUUAUAUAUUUAUUCUUUUAUUGAAUAUGUCAUAAUAUAAAAUUAUAGAAUUAAAUUAAUUUAUUACUGACAUAUAUUAUAUUGGUAAAAUUUGAAUAGCAAAAGAAUAUUACUCAUGCAAAUGUUAAAAAAAUAUUAAUAAAAUUAAAUGUAACUUUUAAAUGGGAACUCAGCCUGUUUUAUUGCAAUAAAAAGGAUGUUACAUUGCAAAAAUUCAAAAUUUUGUUUUUGAAAUCAGCCAGGAAGAGGUUCAGUUCCAGUUAUAAACAGUGAUGUUAUAAACAGAAAUCCAGUUAAACAGCCGGCUUCAAAAAACCGACUGAGUCGUUUCCAGACAUACAUGUCUAAAUCGACACCACAGCAGCAGCAACGGAGAGAUUAUAUUCAACAGGUGGAGCAAGGGUUACUCAAACAUCCCUUAGCACUUUUUCCUCACCUAGAGGAGAGUGUUCCACCUGAGGUAACUUAAAGACUUGAAUACUUUAAAAAAAAUAUUCUGGGUAAGAUACAUCAGGCCCUUUCGGAAUAAAAUUUAUCUGUAAAGUAGGAUGCUUUUAAACUAGUAUACAGAAAUAUUUUCUCAUAAGAAUGAAAAUUUCAAUGUAAUGUACUUAUUUAAAAAUUACAUGUUAAUAUGGAGGAAUUGUCCUUUAAAAUUAUGCUGAUGUUUCUUUACUCUAGAUAAUAAAAUUUACUUGCGUUUAUUCUACUUAAUUUAGAAAAAUAUGCUUAGUAAAAACAAAACAACAUAGAUAAUGUUCCACUUAUUUGCGUUUUAUAUGAUUCUAUGCAAAAAGGCUAAAUUUAUCCUGAGAAAUAGUUUUGUAAGCUAGUAAUUUUUCAAUAUCAUAAAUCAUCUUUAACAUUGUGCUUAGUUAUCUACUUUAAUCGUUCCAUUAGUUUUAUCAUUAGAUAGAUAUAUAUUGGUAAAGUAUAUACAGCAUCAGAGUUUUCUUUAAAAAAAAAAUUAAAGGUCAGCUUUUUGUUGCAUUUUAAUAUUUUUGAAAAGCAUUAAAAAAAACUUUGAAUAAAGAACACAACAUGUGGGUACCAUUAACAAUGCAUGAAGAAUAGGUUCGAAUACAGAUGUCCCAUACAAUUUUCAGUGCAUGGCAUGCAAUACUUUAUGACCAUCCCUGGACAAAGUGAUGAAAUAUUAUAACUUGAGGCUAACUAUGAGAGCACACAGAUACUGAAAUAACUUAAAAUUUAUCAGUUCAUUUUUUGGUUUGCUAUAAACAUUAUUGUUUUUCAGCGCAAAUCUUUUCUCAAAGCCAAACUGCAAGCUUUACAUACUUACAUAAAAAAUCCGGAUAUAAUGCAAAAAGUAUAUGAUAAAAAAUUUGGACAUUGUUGAUAUAUUUUUGCUGAACUUUUUGUGAUUUUGAUUAUUCAAAUUUAAGAUUUAGUAAUAUUUAUUCUUUGGAAAUCUCAUUUUGUUUAUUAUUUUAUUAUUUGUUUGUUCUAUAGACAUUUCUUUGAUGUUGUGUUGUUUUCUAAUUGGUUUUCUCAUGGUUUAUUGACCAAAACUUCCAAUCAUAAGAACAAUAGUAUCAAGACUAUGUGUUUAAAAGACUCAAUAUAAACAUGGUUUAUUUUUUAAAGCCAUAUUAUAAAUAAGAUGUUUAACUUAAAAUUCCUAUUUGAUAUCCUAAACUAAUAAAUAGCUUUGCCACUUAAUCAUUGUGAAAUGAUUAAUAUUAUUAAUUAUGCAAAUGACAAGUCUAAUUGUAUAUUCCAGAAAAUAAAUAAAAAUAUUUCGGAAUCUGAAUAUUAUUUAUAUAUUGGAAACACAUUUCAAAAUAUUUAGGAAAUAUUACCUCUUGCUUCCUUUGUUAUUUCAAGGUUUUUGAAGAUAUUGUGGAUCUGUUAGACCCACAGUUCAAUAUAAAUGAAAUUCAAGAUGAAGACCUUGAACUAUUUGGAAAGUUAGAUGAUCAUGAGGAUCCAUCCUUCAUUCCAGAAUCUGAUCAGGCUGCAAGGCCAAAAUCAGAUGACCAAUCGUAAGUUUUACAAAAGCUUUUUGUCAUAUAUUUAAAUCCAUCUAAAUCUAAUGCAGUGUUUCCCAACGUGGGGCGGGGCCCACGCCCCACAGGAGGGCAAUUUGAUUGGUUAGGGGGAAAUUGGAAAAUGAGCUGUCUAGAAUUUGAAAACCAACCAUCAAAUAUGAUUUAACUUGUAAUUUGAAAAAGAGCAACAUUUAAGUUUCUGUUUACAGCUCAUACUGCGCAGUCAAUCGUACUCUUGAGGUGAGUUAUGAAAUUUCCUUACUGAUUGCUAAAUCUGGGAAAAAUCAUACUAUAGAAGAGAAUUUAAUCAAACCAUCAAUAUCAGCAUUUCUUAAAGUGGUUUUGUAAAAAGAUGACAAAGCCGUGAAAGCUGUGCCACUCAGUAACAAUACUGUUAGCAGAAGAAUAAACGAAAUGACUGAAGCUAACAAAAUUGGAAGCUAACAUACAAUCUCUUUGCAGCAAGAAUCAAGCACAAACAUCUCACUAAUUACUAAUAAUUAAAAUAAUAUAGAAAAAAAUUCAUUAAAAUUAUUUUGUACUUGAAUUUCAGUUUCAGUUCUCCAUUAAAUGUUUUGAAAAUUGCUUCCUAUGUUUCCUCACCAAUUUCCCAGCGAUUUCUUCCCAAAACCCAUCAUUUAAGUUUCUUCAGUGAACAACCACAUUUUUGAAUAUUAAAAAUUAUUUAUGUGAUACAUGGGGGGCAUACGAGUUUUAGAAAAGCUUAGGUGGGGCAUAUCACAAAAAAAGUUGGGAAACACUGAUCUAAUGUAGGCCUAAUUUAAAAUUUAUCUGCUUAUUUUUUGUUUUUUACAUUGAUAGAGCUACUCUUAGGGUGCACACUUAUUAUGGGACCAUGACAGGGAACAGGAAUUCAUGGCAUUAUAUCUGAUUUAAAAUAUAUGAUCAUCAAAAUUUGUGAACCCUUUUAAGACGGCAGACUAUUUGAAAUGUGAAAUAUUUGUGCUCACUCAAACUCUGUAGAUGAGAGCAGUUUCUAUAGAAAGUAAAUGAAUUUUACUGUAAACAUCAUGGUUCAUAUCUCAUUUGAACACAGCAAAUACAUUUCUUUGUUCCAAGCCUCCUGUUGAGAAGCACUGGUCAGUGGUAACCAGGGUCAGAUUAUAGGUAGGAUACGAUGGGCAACAUUCCCAGGGCCUCUGAAGCUCAAUGGGCCAAGGCUGUGGGCUUGAGAGAUUUUUGUGCUGCAUCAUCUGCUUAUCAGAAGCAGUUUUGCUAUAUAUUGAUUUGGAAUCUUUUUUUGGCCGUAUCAAGUGCCCCGAAGGCAUUAAUCCAGGCCUUGGUAUAACCUUUCGCUAAACCAGCGGUUCACAAACUUUUUCUCUCUCCUUGUCCCUUGAUUAGACUUUUCACAUUUGAGUUAGUUUAGAGUACAACAUUCUAAAUAGCAUUUAAUUUCUUCUGUUCAUAAUCAUUUUGUUGAAAGCAACCAAACAAAAAUCCCAACACUAAGAUGAACAUCUUUUUUUUUUUCCCCACAACAAAAGCGUGUUUUGUACAAUGCGUAAUUUUUUAUGAAAAUUCUAAAGUUUGUACAGAAUUUUGCAGACAUAUCAUUUUGCAUAAGUUUUUAAUUGUCUGUAAAUGUAUGGCCAGUUGGCAGCCCUAGUAUACUAGUAGGGUAUUUUGAAGAAAAAAAAAACAAUGUGUAUGUGGUGUUGUAUAAUUUUUGUAAUAAGUGUUUCAGUUAAUGAUACAGCCUAAGUCGGUGAACCUUCUUUCUGAACUUUCUUGUCUCAAACUGCAGAUUCAAGGAUAUGGACAACUUGGCUGCCAAAAAUUUAUACAGAUGGUUGCCUCUUAAAGAAAGUAAAAAAGAUGGCAAAAAGGGUAAAGACACAGAGCUACCUUGGACCAAUACCCUUUCUGAAGAGGAACAUAUGAAACAAGUUACCCAGGUAGAUUUUUCUGUCACAAAUCUAGUUCAAAAGGACUCGGUUAUUAUUGUACAAGUUGCAGAAAUAUUAAGCCAGCUUUCAACUAUUUAAAAUAUUUAAAUUUGUCCUUGCACCUAAUGACAGAAAAUGUAGUUUCUGGCCAAUCAAUAACUUAGAUUUGAAGCUACUAGCUGAUACAUUGCAUUAUAUUUACACGUCAGCAGUAGAAUAUUUGCUUAGCAAUAAAUAUCCAUUUUGACUGAUGCUCUUUUCUUAAUUUUUUUAAUUGAUCAAAUCAUUGGUGAAAUUUGCAGGAUUUCAGUCACAAAAUCCAUUUUCCAUGUCAAUCUCCAACUGAUAUGAAUAAUUUCUUUAUAAUUGUUAUUUGAUUUUUAAAAAUAUUUCUUUCAUAAAGAUAAAGUCACUAUCUAAAUAUUCGUUUGUUUCACUUCUUAUUGUUUACAUGUAACUAAUUAUUGAGUACUGAAGAAUAAAAUAAAAAUGAUCUUUUACUGUGUUUCAGGAAUUCUGUGAAUGGGUUGCAGACCUAGGAGGUGAAACCAAUAAUAUAGAAGAGUCUACCAUAACUAGUCUGUUUGCCAGUGGGUAGGUCACUGUCAUUUGUCUUGUAGUGUGACAUACAGGAUGUGGCCUUGUUGGUUGUUGGCCUUAAAAUAAUAUUGUUAGAAUUGCAUAGUGACCUUCAUUUUUAUGUCAAUAACCAGUGGCGUAGCGAUGGUGUUUGGCGCCCGGGGACAAGAUCCAUUUUUAGCGUCCCUUUUUCUUUUCUUCAACUCUCAAACCCAUUAUUUUCAUCAAUAAAAUAAUAUCAAAGCACAUUUUGGCGCCCCUAACUAGCUGGCACCCGGGGACAUCUGUCCCCCCCCUGCCCCCACCACGCUACGCCUCUGUCCAUAACACUCUUUUAGUUAUUUCUCUAAUGUCUAUAACUUAUAUCCUAUCAAAAAUAAAUUUGUCAUGGGCUCUCAAUGAUGUCAGUUAACUGACCGUACAAUUUUAUGGCUCUUUAAUCCCUAAACAGAAACAGUUUUUUUCCUUAGUUUUUUCCUGAAUGACAAAUAAAACAUUAAAAAUAGAUUUUGAAGAAAUUAAGGGUGCUAUUAAAAAAUAAGUCUUAAUGUUUGUUUCUUCUAUUUAAUAUUCCCUUUCAAGUCAAUGUAAACUUUUAAAUAAGCUCUUUCAGGAUUUCUCUAUCGAAAAAGAUAAAAAAUAGAUGACAUUGAAAUCACUUAAUUUACCAUAAAGGGGAAAUGAUUUUUUCCCCACUGUAACUUUCUUAGCAAUCUGUAACUAAUUUUUUAGAUGAAGAUAAGAUACAAUAAUUUUGUUUAAAAAUUGUGUGGUAUUAAAAAUUCCCCCAGAUAUGAAACAAAGCCUGCCCUCUCUGUCCCCAUCCAUGUUGUUGAGUUGACUAAUGUCCCACAAGAGCUCAGAAUGUCUGCGGCUGUGCCACCCCCCUUGGCAGGCUCAGAGGAAAAGCUGUCAGCUCUAUCGGCACCUAAAAAAGUAACGUUUAUGUUAAAACAAUUUUCUCAAAAUUUAUUACAAGGCUAGAAAUAUUAACAAAGUCCAGUUUUAUGAAUUAAUCAUGCAUUUGUAAACAGUUCAUCCUCAGUAUUAAGGAGCAGGACUCUGAGUGGUUGUUGAAGUUUCAAGGAGUAAUGAUUUGGUGUCUGUGUGAGAGAUGGAAGAUUUAAAAACUUCACUUUGCAAAAAAAUAUUGGAAACUUAUUUUAAUUUACUGAGGUUCUCUCUGCUACAUGAAAUAACAUUACCCUUGCUUAUAACUUAUGGGUUAAGGAUUGCGUUUGUUAUAAAUUAAUUUUUUUCUUGAAGGGCCUAAUGUUAUCAAAUUCCAACUUCUUAUGCACACUAUCAUUUGUUCCCCAUUCUGUUAAUAUUUUUGUCCUGAAAAAAGAUUAUACAGUUUGCUUUGAUUAAAUUAGAUGUUGUAUCCAGGAGAAAAAUGAAGAGAGAAGAAUUAGUGGAAACAAUGAAAAAUCAUAAUUAAAAAAAAAUAAAAUUAUUCAGCUCCUUCAUUUAUUCAAAUGCUUUUGUAAAACAUACCAUAACAAUGAUCCCUAACAAUAUAUACUGCUGUAAUAUUUUAAAAUGAUUUUCCUUAUUGUGUAUCUCACACUCUAUUGGUGUGGUACUUUUAAACAUUGUCUUCUACUUUCUUACAGAAAAUAUCAGGAGAUUAUGAGCCAAGUUGGGUAAAGUUUAGAUACGGGGCUUGGUAUCUUCCUACCAGGACAUGGAGGAAAAUGAAUUACAAUGAGCCAUUAGAAGAUCCCAAACAACUGAAAGAAUAUGAGCUGUCAGAGGCUAAGAAGAAGAGCAAUGAACUGGUAAGGUCAAGGACAUAGCACUGCCCUACCUGCUGUGAGACUGAGUGCACAAACAAUCUGAAAAACAAUGGCCAAAUUAGGUCGACACAAACAUGCUAUUUUUUAAAUCUUAGCCUUGUGAUAAAUUUGUGUAAAAAUACUUAAGUUCAUCUGUUCAGAUUGGUUAGAAGUGUUUCUCAAGCCCACAUAAGUCUAGUUUUUGUGGUGGGGGGCACUGGGGGGAGGGGGCACAGGGGAGGGGGCACAAGAGAAGUCUGGAUAAUUAUGGAGAUACUUUAACUUUUGUUUUGUUCAGGGGGUGGGUUGAAAUGUGCAGGGGAGCUUGCUAAAAUUUCUAAAAAUCAAAGAAUUUGUCUUACAUUUUGUUUCAGUUUAAGGACAAGGCAGAACUUUAUUAAAAUUUAUGCUGUCCAAAAACUUGUCAUCCAAAAGAACAUACACAACAAGACCUGUCAAGGUUUUGAUGUGCUACUUUGUAAUGGUCUCUCUGACAUUGAGAGAACUUUUUUAAGUAUCAGUGUUCUAUUUAUAAAUCAAAACAAUAUUAAGAAGAUUAGUUGGAGAUCAAAAGCUGGAGGGGCUGCGCCAUGGAGACAAGAAGAAGCCAAAAAAAAAAAAGGUCUUAGGAAAGCUAUUUACAAAAGCAGAGGUUGAGACCACAUAAUCUUUCAGCUGAUCGUCUGCUGUUGGAUGUCUAAGCUUAGCUGAAUAUCCUAUUGACAAAAUCAAGAAUAUAUUUAAAUGUAUGAUGUGUCAUAGGGAUUUAUGUAGCUUAAAGUGGGGAAUAUGUUGCCAGUUUGAAAACAAGAAAAACAUGAAAGUUAAUUAUAAAAAAAAAAUGUGGUAAAUAGAAUGGAAUCUAAUAAAAAAUUAUUUUGAAAUAAUGCAGUUAGCUUCAUUAUAAUUAUAAACUCAUGAAUGAGACACAACUCAAUAAUUUUCUUAGAUAAUAAAUGGAAAAAAAAAUUAAUCACAUUAAUAUUAAAAGCAUAAAAAUGUUAUGAAAAUGUCCACAGAACAUUGAGCUGGCCUAUAUGCACGCCUCUAAGGCUUUUGGGGAAUUUAUCCAACGGAAAAACACCAGAAAACCUGAGGUAACUCAAAUAAUAAGGUGUUACAUUAACCUGAAAAGUGGGAAAUAAAGAAAUAAAAAUGAUAGCUUUAUAAAAACAAAUAGCACUUUUAACACACACAUAACAAGAACUGGUUUCUUAGACAUUGUCAGCAAUGAGUAAAAGUUCUAGGGUUGUUUUAAUCAUAAAUCUAGAAAUCUAAAAAAUUAUAACAAUUAACUCCUGGCUGAUAGAAGUCACAUAUGUAUCUUCACUGAAUAACUCUGCAUCUAUUAUUAUGGGCCUUAGUACUUAUUAUCAAUUUUUUAUGUAAAAUUGUGCAGCUCGUUUGUUGAAUGCCCAACUAAAAUUUUUUUAAAAAUCUGAUGCUAUAGCCUAUUGUCUAUGCCUACUAUCACCAUUGACACUUGAGAGUUGCAGAUAUUUUUACAUUUUAUUUUCCUUGUGCAGUUUCUCAUUGAAGUUGGAGAAAUUCAGAGAAGAGCUGCAGAGGAUGAGCAGAAGAGGCUAGAGGCAGAGCAGUUGAUCAAGAUGAAGAGGAAGAACACUAUUAGAAAAGAAGCUGUUGCUAAAUAACCAGUGGAUUGUUUGCAAUUUUUCAUCAGCAGCUUACAUUUUAUUUCACUAAUAAGCUUUUGGGAUAAAUUAUUAUUAGUGUGAUUAAGGGAGAACUAUGGAGGUUCGCAAAGAGGCUUAAGUCAGUAGCCUAGAUGUAUAAAGAUUAGUUCAAAUCUGUUUUUAAAAAAAAAUGUAAAUUGGUUUUCAUUUUUAAAUUAGAAAACAAAAAAGGCUGUACCUGGGAGGUCAUUUGGGGACCAAGAAUUGGGUCAAGUAGAGAGUCAUCUAUUAUUAUUAUUAAUGAAUUAAACUUUUAAUCAUUAUUUCCAAUGAUACAUUUUCCAGGUGCCAAAUCUUGCUGAUAAAGGAAAUAAUGAUUUAUCAGGUAUUGGCAUCAUUUGAACUUUUCAUUUAUCUGUGGCUGGGUGUUUCCACAUCAAAUGCAGGAAUGUACAAGACUUAUUUUGAGGAGUCUCUCCAUGAAAUUAUCUAUUGAUUUAACUACUAGCUAUGGUGACUUGCCUGUGUGACUUGUGGGCAUCAUCGGGUCAGAGUUCAGCAGGCCCUUUAAAGUAUUAGACUUAAAUUAUACUUCUUUGUGUGUGUGUGGGUUAACAAGUAGCACAUGUUGCUGUAAUGCCACCUGAAUUCACUCACUGUGUUACAUGAAUUCACUCACUGUAUGACCUGAAUUCACUCACUGUAUGACCUGAAUUCACUCACCAUAUUGGCAAUAUUGAUGGGCUAAUGAAAGAAUUUAACAAUUCUAUAAUUGCAAUAAAAUCUUUCAACCAGAGUGAGCAGAUGUAUUUUUGUUGUGUAUUGCCGGGGCUGCAAGAUUUGGAUUCAACUGAAAAAAAAUCUCCAUAGGAUAAUCUGUUCAUGGCUUUAUGUUAUAUCACUUAAAUUUCAUUUCUUUCCAACAG